AUGGCAGCCCAAACAAUUCACCACGCUCGUUCUAACAGCUUCCCCUUGCCAUCUAGACCAAAUCCACUUGUUUCAGAGCUUGAUGAACAUUUGAACAGAUUAAGGGACUCCGAAGCAACGUCAACCUCAUCAUCAAUAAGCCAUAAGCUAAAUGGCCUUCAGGAUUUGUAUGAUUGUGUGGAUAAGUUGCUGCGGUUGCCCUUUUCCCAACAAGAAUUAGCUCAAGAAGAAAACAAGGGACCUGUUGAUGAAUUGUUGGAUGGACCCCUUAGGCUCUUUGACCUGUGCAACACUGCUAAGGAUAUUUUGUUGCAAACAAAAGGAAGUAUACAGGAUAUUCAAUCAGUUAUGCGAAGAAGACCAUGCGGAGAAGUCAAGCUUGUGGGUGAGGUGAGGAAGUACUUCACCUCCAGAAAAGUGGUGCAGAAGACUAUCCACAAGGCAUUGAAGACUGUGAAGGGUGUGGAAACAAAAUGCAUCUUCUCAUCUUCGAACGACCACGAGACCAAGGCAAUGGUUAGCUUGCUAAGGGAGGCUGAAGCAGUCACUUCCUCCAUGUUUGAGUACUUAUUCACCCUCAUCUCAGGGCCAAUGGAACGAUCAAAGUGUGGCAGCUGGGCGUUAGUGUCCAAGUUAUUGCACCACAAACGGAUAGCGUGUGAACAAACCGGAAGAAGAGACAUUAAUGAAUUUGAGAAGGUUGAUGCUGCUUUAAGAUCAGUAAUGAGUCAGAAGAUGAGCAAAUCUGAGAAUGUUGAGAUGCCAAGACAGCUAAAAGAGUUGGAGCUUUGCGUUCAAGAUCUUGAAGAUGGACUUGAGUGCCUCUUCAGGUGUAUGAUCAAAGCUAGGGUGUCUCUUCUCAACGCACUCAAUCAUUAG